CGUCGUAUGUCUGUUGACCAUGGCAUUUGUUGUAUUUGGAGACAGUUAUGUUUCAAGGCUGGAGAAAUAUGUAAAGAACCACCCAUUUGAUCUUAAUGAUAGCGAAGUAAAAUUCUAUGGUGUUCCAGGAAUGUCCACUGUGAGGAAGUUCCAUGAUAAAUUUCAAAUAAUGCUGGCAGAUAAACCAAAUUAUUUACGCAAGUAUUAUUAUCAUUUCAGAUUCGUAUUCGUAAAUCUCGGUGGAAACGACAUAAAUUCGAGUUGUAAUCCUCAACAGAUUUUUGAAAAUAUUGUGACAAUUGUGAAGCAGUUGAAGAACGCUGGUGUGGAACACGUUUUUGUUGCGAGUAUCGUGGAGAGAGGAUCGUUCUUAUCUUGGACUGGAUGUAAUAGUAACAUGUUUAAUAAGGUGAGAAGAAGUAUCAAUUGCAAACUUAGUGUCAAAUUUAAGGAACAUUACGUGGAUGUUGGAAAAAAAUUAAGAAAAAUUAAGAUUCCCAAGACACUAUGACCGAGAUAUGGUCCAUCCAGGAGAUCGAGAAGGUGGGAUGAAAGUUUUUCGUGCUGCGGUAUAUCGAUGUUACAGAAAGACUAUAAAUUCAUAACAAUAUUUUCAUGUGUAUUUAUACAUCUAUGUGUAUAUAUGUAAAAUAAACUGUUGAACUAUCUUUUCUUCUCUGUAUUUCAUUGAAGCAUAUUAUUAUUGCUUUAACUCAGAUUCUUCCAUCUGUAACUCCUCAUACUCGUCCAUCAUUCGAUCUGUAAAAGGUUGGAACCUAAACUGUUCAGUUAAAAGACAAA